CUAGCUUUCGGCAUUGUCAAUAUACCCCAGGCAACAUGGGUAUGACAUUGAGCUCCCUCUUCCAAAAUCUCUUUGGAAAGAAAGAGAUGAGGAUCCUUAUGGUUGGGCUUGAUGCCGCAGGUAAGACUACAAUCUUGUAUAAGCUGAAGCUCGGUGAGGUUGUUACGACGAUCCCCACUAUUGGCUUCAACGUGGAGACCGUAGAAUACAAGAACAUCAGCUUCACUGUGUGGGAUGUGGGCGGACAGGAUAAGAUCCGCCCUCUCUGGAGGCAUUACUACCAGAACACUCAGGGCGUUAUCUUCGUUGUCGAUUCUAAUGAUAGGGAUCGUAUCGGCGACGCUAGAGAGGAACUACAAAGAAUGCUCAACGAGGAAGAGCUCCGUGAUGCAGCCUUGCUGGUUUUCGCUAACAAACAGGAUCUUCCUAACGCCAUGACUGCUGCUGAGGUUACCGACAAGUUGGGGUUACAUCAGCUUCGUCAUCGCAAUUGGUACAUCCAAUCCACAUGUGCUACCACUGGUGAUGGUCUGUAUGAAGGCCUUGACUGGCUCAGCAAGACUCUAAGCAAGGCCAAGUAAAGUCUUUGAAUUCGGUGGCUCUUGCUUUCCUAUCGAGUGGAAGGUCUUUGGGCGAUGGUGUGAAAGUAAUCCAAAUGCUCUCUACUAGCAUCAUACUAAUGGUAUUGACUUCGUCGAUCUUGUGACACUUGUCUACAUGACUCGGGCAGUGUUGGUUUAUACGUUGGUUCGAUGGUAUGAUACUAUUUGUGACUGCUUUUGUGACUAAUACGGCCCGUAUCUUUCGACUCUCCAGACAGUAGUAGCAUUUUCAGCGUUAUCUA